AACAAAAAGAGGCGGGGCUCGUUAAGGAAAUGAGUUUCCUUGUCUGUGUAUGUCAGUCGGUGCGGAAUGGCGAGUUAAACCGUUAAACAAAAGCGAUCGGCCAGGUUCAGUGAUCUGCUUCACGGUCUCGGUACUUCACUAACCGAUGGACGUGACCGCGCGCCGCUCGAGGUAGAAUCGGCCCCGCCUCCUGUGUGACUUCCCGCUGAGAGAGAGAGAGAGAGAGUGAUGAUGACCGCGGAGCUGCUGCUGUCUGAGCUGGACAGCCGCUUCUGCGCCGAUAACCUGCUGACCAGCGCGGACUGGGAUGCCUGUCUGUAUCAGUGUGAGGAUAUGGAGGAGGAUUUCACCGGAGAACUGAAAUAUGACACAUCGCUGGACAGUGAUCUUGUCCUCACGCUGGACCCUGAUGACCCCACGUCACCAUGGAAGAACCUGGAGAGCAGCCUCGCCGGUGAAGUGUCAGUCAUGAAGCAUGAAAUGACGAUAACACAACCUCUGCCAGUGGACAUGUUUUUCCAGGUGAAGACUGAACCUCCGUCACCUGCGUCGUCUCUGACCUCUGACAGCUCCAUCCCAUCUUUACCUGAGCCUCAGGUGACGGUGAAGAGCGAGAACCCGCCCACUCCACCGUACAUGUGUGGAGACGUGCUGCCGCCGCUGGCCAGUGUGGAGGUGACCCUCGCCAGCAUCACUGCUCCACAUCAGCCUCUGACCAUACAGCCACACACACUCAGCAGCCUCGACACACAGACCACAGUGCUCUCCUCGGCAGCGACGCUGAAGGCCAGCAGUAUUCUGAGCAGUAAGCCUCUGAUCCAGCCCAAACCGGUGUGUGUGGCUGCGCUGCCGGUGGCUCAGAGCACCAGUCCAGCCAAAGCUCUCCUCCUGCAGAGCGUCCCCGUCCCAGCCAUCGAGCAGAACACCGCACCUGUGGUUCUGUCUCAGUCCGUGUGUCUGGCUUCUGCUCCUGCUAUUGUUAAAAUGGAGCCUUUGUCUCCCAGCAUGCCUCACUGCACCAGCCCCUCAGCCCCGCCCCCCAGCAAACCCAUCAUCCCCGCGUCCAGUCUGCCCGGAAACAGCUGCGCCGACAUCGACGUGAAGGUUUUGAAGAGGCAGCAGCGCAUGAUCAAGAACCGGGAAUCGGCCUGCCAGAGCCGCAAGAAGAAGAAGGAGUACCUGCAGAACCUGGAGGCGCAGCUGCGGGAGGCGCAGCAGGAGAACGAGCGUCUGCGCAAGGAGAACCAAGCGCUGCGGCUGCGGCUCGCCGGGAGAGAGGCCUCGGAGUCCGGCAGCAACAAGGGAGCGCUGUGUGUGAUGGCUCUGUUCCUCUUCAUCACCUUCGGCCCCGUCAGUUUCAGAGACCGGACGCUGGAAGCUGGACUGCAGGAAGCGGCUGCUCCGCUGACAGGAAGACGCCUGCUGGAGUUUGAGAAGUCUCAGGAGAUGAGCCUGAGACGAGCGAGCGAGAGAAAGACGGACCGAGAGGAAGAAGAGCCCUGGAGCAAAGGAGAGCUGGACAAGAAGGCUGCGGUCUCGUAUCAGUUCAGGAAUCAGAGCGGCGUGUUCAGUGACGUCAAAGACCUGCUCCUGGAGGACAUAGACAGAUACUUCUCUGACUGCAGACAGUUCAACCGCUCCGAGUCCGUCAGGUUGGCGGAUGAGCUGCGUGGAUGGGUUCAUCGGCAUCAGAUCAACAGGAAGUCUGAUGGAAAGGCGAAGGUUGUGAAGAAGACUAAAAUAGCUCAGCAGAAAGCUCAGCACAGAAAGACAAACUUCUCCAGGUACCUCCCAAUUCAGGCUCAUCGCUCCAUCGAAAGUCAGCUGCAGGUGCUGCCCGGGCCAGAGAUCAGCUACAGCGACUUUCUGGACGCUAUUGACCGGCGCGAGGACACUUUCUAUGUGGUGUCAUUCAGACGGGAUCACCUGCUGUUACCAGCCAUCAGCCACAAUAAAACCACUCGGCCCAAGAUGUCUCUGGUCAUGCCUGCCAUGGCCAUCAACGAUUCGGUGUAUAACUCGUCUCAGGGCGGCUAUGAGAUGAUGAUGCAGGUGGACUGUGAGGUGAUGGACACCCGGAUCAUCCCAAUCAAGUCCUCUGUAGUCCCGCCCUCCCUCAGAGACCCGCCCCCUGCCCCGCCCCCUCACCAUCACCACGGUAACCACAGCUCCCUGCGCAGCCGGCCGCAGCCGCUGCAGAGACGGAGGAGCGCGGGUUACUUCAUCAGCCAGAGCGGAUCGGACUGAGACCUGCUCCUCUAUCAUCUGCUCUCUUUUUAUACAUGCUUGUUUUGUUUUGUUUUUCUUUCUUUUAUUACUUAAAUUUUUUUUUUUUACAGAUUUUUAUUGAGAUUAUUUAAAAACGAUGUGCUUCUAUUGGAUGUGUGUGAUAUAAAUGUUGAUUUGAAUAUAAUUAAUGAUUUUGUAUGUAUUCUCGUCCAUCACAGUCACGCAUUUCUGCAUGUAUAUAUACUGUGCUCUGCUGGGCUUUUCUCAUUACAUUUCUCUUUUUAGACACUGAACCUGAUGGCGGAGAUUGUUUUUGAUAUAAAUAAUACGAGAUUUUAGGCUGUCACAGAAUCUUCUGCCGUUAAUGUUUUCGUUUGCAGGCAUCGAGUCUUGAAUGUGUUGCUGCUUUUGUCCCGAACCACUAACGGCACACAGGACAGACGUCGCCGCUCACGCUUCAUCUGACUCAAGGGACUGUUGUAAAUAAUUUCUUCCACCCAGAACGGUUGAUUAGUGAAUGGUUUGUGAUAUUCGCUGAUAUCUCUGUUCAGUUCUCUUGUGGCCGGAGGGACAUUUUCUUUGCAGAGGCUUUCACGGAAGUGGUUUUCUUCUCAUUGAAUUAUGUUUUGUUGUCGCCUCUGAUCUUCAUGGCUUUGGUCAAAUCUAGCUCAGACCAUCUGUGAUGAUGAUGAUGUGUCUGAAACCGUCCCAUGAUGCCCUGCUCUAGCAUGCUUCUGUUAUCUGUGAUGGAGAGAUGUUGUAUGAAAUGUAAACCUGCUUUUUUACUUUAUUUAAAUGAGCUUUCAUCAGGAAAACUCUUCUCGUUUUCUCCUUGUCUGUAUGAGAAUUUUGAACUACUGUCUUUAUUUGUAGAGGAGAAAAUAAAUUUGAUAAACAGUGUAA